AUGACCUCCGCCGCGGCGCUCAAAGACCUCGCACGCGAGAUGAUGACGACGCUCUGCAACAAGCGCGAGUACGACUCGCCCUUCAUCCAGCAGCAUGUCUCGCCCUCUUUCUGCGCCACACACCUCAACAAGCCAUCCACGGCCAAUCGCGAUGAGUUCAUCACUAUGCUCUCCACUGCCAUGACAAAGAUGCCAAACUUCCAUCUCGACAUCAAAGACGUCAUUGCUGAGGUGGAUGAGGAGAGCGGGAAGGGAAAGGUCUGGGUGUUCAGCAGAAUGAGUGGGUUUCCUGACGGCAAAGUGCAGGAGAGUGUCGAUAUGAUGGAAUGGCAGGGUGAUGUUGCCAUGAGGGGAAAGGAUAUACAGAUGGUGGUCGAGCGGGAGUGA